CAUAUCUCCCGCUACGUACCACCGGGCAGGGAGGGUCAUCCUUGCAGCGAUAGAGGCUGGCGCGAUGGGCGGCUGCAUUAAGUGUGCAGACCUGGGAUCUGCAGAAAACUGCAACGAGGAUGGGGUGCUGCUCCGCCGCACCUUCGACAAGUAG